UCUGCUGCGCCCGGAAAACAAGCCGGGGCUCUGGGGACCGGGGGGCCCAGCCCCGACACCCUAAGUUGUGUCAUCCCCCCCCCCGGGCAUGCUGAGCAUCCCCCCGCGGCUCCCGCACCGACGCCCCGGCCUCAGGUCUCUGCCUCCACGCGGGGGCCCGGCCGUGUGGCCGGAGGGAGCGGCCGGAUGGAGCGGAGGAUGAAAGGCGGAUACUUGGACCAGCGAGUGCCCUACACCUUCUGCAGCCAGAAAUCUCCCGGAAAUGGGAGCCUGGGCGAAGCGCUGAUGGUCCCGCAGGGGAAGCUCGUGGACCCGGGCUCCCUGCCGCCUUCCGACUCAGAAGAUCUCUUCCAGGAUCUCAGUCACUUCCAGGAGACGUGGCUCGCUGAAGCUCAGGUACCAGACAGCGAUGAGCAGUUUGUUCCUGAUUUCCAUUCAGAAAACUUAGCUUUCCACAGCCCCACCACCAGGAUCAAGAAGGAACCCCAGAGUCCCCGCACAGAACCCGCCCUGUCCUGCAGCAGGAAGCCACCACUCCCUUAUCUCCAUGGAGAGCAGUGCCUUUACUCCAGUGCCUAUGACUCCCCCAGACAAAUCGCCAUCAAGUCCCCCACCCCUGGUGCCCCUGGACAGUCGCCCCUGCAGCCCUUUCCCAGGGCAGAACAGCAGCAGAGCCUCCUGAGAGCCUCCAGCGCUUCCCAGUCCCACCCUGGCCACGGGUACCUUGGCGAGCACGGCUCCGUCUUUCAGCAGCCCCUGGACAUGUGCCAUUCCUUCACAUCUCCUCAGGGAGGAGGCCGGGAACCUCUUCCACCCCCUUAUCAACACCAACUGUCGGAGCCCUGCCCACCCUACCCCCAGCAGAGCUUCAAGCAGGAGUACCAUGACCCCCUGUAUGAACAGGCUGGCCAGCCUGCUUCGAACCAGGGUGGGGUCAGUGGGCACAGGUACCCAGGGGCAGGGGUGGUGAUCAAACAGGAGCGCACAGACUUCACCUAUGACUCAGAUGUCCCUGGGUGUGCAUCGAUGUACCUCCCUCCAGAGGGCUUCUCUGGGCCCUCUCCAGGUGAUGGAGUGAUGGGCUACGGCUAUGAGAAACCUCUUCGACCAUUCCCAGAUGACGUCUGCAUUGUCCCUGAAAAAUUUGAAGGAGACAUCAAGCAGGAAGGGGUUGGAGCUUUCCGCGAGGGGCCGCCCUACCAGCGCCGGGGCGCCCUGCAACUGUGGCAGUUUCUGGUGGCCCUGCUGGAUGACCCCACGAAUGCUCACUUCAUUGCUUGGACAGGCCGGGGGAUGGAGUUUAAGCUAAUUGAACCUGAAGAGGUUGCCAGGCUCUGGGGCAUCCAGAAGAACCGGCCAGCCAUGAAUUACGACAAGCUGAGCCGCUCGCUGCGAUACUAUUACGAGAAAGGCAUCAUGCAGAAGGUGGCUGGCGAGCGCUACGUGUACAAGUUCGUGUGUGAGCCUGAAGCCCUGUUCUCUCUGGCCUUCCCGGACAAUCAGCGUCCAGCUCUGAAGGCCGAAUUUGACCGGCCAGUCAGUGAGGAGGACACCGUCCCUUUGUCCCACUUGGAUGAGAGCCCUGCCUACCUCCCAGAACUGGCUGGCCCUGCGCAGCCCUUUGGCCACAAAGGUGGAUAUUCUUACUAGGCAUCGUGGCCUGCUUCCCCUUGCCACGGUGAGGCUGCCCAGUGUACAUAUCACAGAGUUGGUGUUGGUGAAGCCCUCAUCCUGAUACCUGUAGAAGUCUCUGGGGUCAGAUCUCCACUCUCCCAUCUGUUACUCCUAGCCAGACUUGGCUGCUAACCAGACUCUUCGGGAAGGACAGUGGAGGCAGCAACUCUGACAUUUGCUGUGGUUCAUUCACCUCUGCCCCUCAGGAGUUCAGCUUGGCCUCUGCCUAGGCCCAGUUCCCCAACCCCACCACAGAGAACCAGUGUCUGGUCUGCUCUGGGGACAGACAGGGGGCUUCGCAACUUUAUUACGGCAGCAGGGCCAAGGGGGUUCUCAGAACUCCCUAUUUCUCCCACCGUGGGAGAUGGAAGCCUGGGCUCUGGGCUCUGCCCUGAGCUGGGGUCCCGUGUUCUUGGUGCUGUGCUCUGGGAGGCAGGAGCAGGUGGGUGUGGUCUGGAGGCAGGGUUGCAUGAGGUCCUCCUCCAGUGGGCCCUCUGGCUCUCUGUCCUAGGCCCACCCAGGCCUACUUCCACCUUCGCCUCAUGCCAGACCUUAAUAAAGGCUCUGCUUUCCCUGC